UAAAGCUUCCCCAGGUCUGGAGCUGAGCAAUCUGCUCCCUGAUUCUUCCUUGCUCAUCCUACCUGCUGCUUUAGCUCAUCCCAUUAGAGAACAAUGUCAUCCCAGCAGCAGCAAUGCCCCUCCCAGCAGCCUCAGCAGCAGCAGGUGAAACAACCUUGCCAGCCACCUCCGGUCAAGUGCCAGGAGCCAUGUGCUCCUAAAACAAAAGAUCCCUGUGCUCCUGAAACCAAAAACCCAUGCCCACCUAAGGGCACAGUGGUACCAGACCAGCAGAAGUGCCCACCAGCCCAGCAGAAGUGCCCGCCAGCCCAGCAGAAGUGCCCACCAGCUCAACAGAAGUGCCCUCCAGCCCAGCAGCCCAAACAGAAGUAAAGAGCACUGGAACCCACACCUAUGCCCUCUCUGUGGGAACCAUCCUUGCAGAGAUUCCUCAUCCUCCUAUUUCCUUUAGACCCUCCCAUUCCCUGUACUAGGAAGCCAGUGGUUCCAACAGGUUUCCCUACUUUGGCCCCAGCCCUGCCUAAGCCCCAGGUGGGACAGUAAAUCUGCUUACUCCAUAUUCUUUGAGACACUGAGCUCUGACUAGGAAGAGGAGAGCUGACUCAGCUUGACUUUCACCAUCUUCUCCUUUCCCUCUUCUGCUCACUGUCACAACCCAGGCUCAAAUAGCCCAGCUCAGAGAGCAGAAUGGUUUGGUCAGUCUCAAAUUCCAUUGCCCUGAUGGGGAGAUGGAAGAUCUAAUAUACAAAUGCUCCAGAGGGCUCCCUAUCCCUACUCCAACCCACAGCAUCCUUGCUUCCCUGACCUUUGCCUCCCAAUAAAACUGAUGUCACAUGUUA